AUGAUGAGGACGACAUCAAUCAUCGCGAUCGGUCCUGCUCAAUGGUCAUCGAGGUCAAGCUUUCUUCCAAUCGAGAACCGUCCGAAGGCGGCUGCGUUAUCCAUAGCAAGUCAACUACCACCAGAACUCCUCAUUCAGGUCCUCCGCCACCUUCACUCUCCUCGAGACCUGUAUCACGCUAUGCUCGUCUCUCGCGGGUGGGCAGAAUGUUCGGUGGAGCUUCUAUGGCAUAAACCGUCCUUCACAACCCUCUCUACCCUUGUCAAGUUGAUUCGCGUUAUAACCUCUUCCAAUCAGUCAUUCACCUACGUACGCUUCAUACGUCGGCUGAACUUCCUAUCCCUUGGUGCGGAACUCACAGAUGCUAUAUUCUCCCGCUUCGCCCAAUGCUCUCGCCUCGAGCGCCUCACGCUCGUUAAUUGUACCAGUGUAUCGGACACUGCCCUCUCUAGGGUGUUACCUUCGUGUCCCAAUCUCGUCGCGGUAGAUCUCACUGGUGUCGCAGACGCGAGCGAUCGUACCGUGGUGGCGUUGGCGUCCGCUUGUUCGCGUUUGCAAGGUAUCAACCUCGGGGGAUGCAAGCAAGUGACGAACAAAGGGAUAUUGGCGCUGGCCAGACAUUGCAAACUACUCCGUCGGGUCAAGCUCAGUGGACUCGAGACUCUAACUGAUGACGCAGUGUCGAUGCUGGCGAAGCAUUGCCCACUACUAUUGGAGAUCGACCUCAACGGUUGCAAGCUUAUCUCGGAUGUAGGCGUUAGGGAUAUCUGGAUGUAUUCGUUGCAAAUGCGCGAGAUGAGGUUGUCCCAGUGUGUCGAGCUCACCGAUGCAGCGUUCCCCGCCCCACCUGUCACCAUCGCCCAAGAUGGACCCACCGUUACCCCUUUCCCGCGUCCCUCUCCCGCCGAAAUACUGCCACCUUUACAUUUACCGCAUUCAUUCGACCACCUCCGAAUGCUUGAUCUUACGGCAUGCGCUCGUAUUACUGACACCGCGCUCGCAGGAAUUAUUGCCGUUGCGCCUAAGAUUCGGAAUCUUGUGCUGGCCAAAUCGACACAGAUCACUGAUGUUGGGGUCGAAAGUAUAUGCAAGCUGGGAAAGCAACUGCACUACUUGCACCUUGGCCACGCUUCUAAUAUCACAGAUAAGGGGGUCAAGAUGCUAGCAAGAAGUUGCACGCGGCUCAGAUACAUCGAUCUUGCCAAUUGUACUCACCUGACGGAUCUGUCGGUGUUCGAAUUGUCGACAUUGCAGAAACUCAGGCGGAUCGGUCUCGUCCGAGUCCAUAACCUCACCGACGAAGCGAUCUACGCGUUGGCUGACCGGCAUGCCACUCUGGAGCGAAUCCAUCUGAGUUACUGUGAACAGAUCAGCGUUAUAGCCAUACAUUUCCUUCUGCAGCGGCUAAGGAAGCUGACACAUUUGAGUCUCACUGGUAUUCCCAGUUUCAGGCGUAGCGAGUUGCAGAGGUUUUGCCGAGUACCGCCCCAAGAAUUCAACCAGACGCAGCGCGAUCAGUUCUGCGUUUAUUCUGGGAAGGGAAUCUCGCAAUUACGGGAUUAUUUGACUGCCCUCUUCAACACAAUCACAGACGGCGAAACUAGCUAUAGUGGUGAAGGCGAGGACGAUGAGGAUGUCAGAACUAUCGGGUACAGCGGCGUCGACGCAGACGAUGCCGAAGAAGAAGACGAAGAGGAUGACGACGAGUUCUAUGGGAGAAGGAGUGUUCAACGACUUUCCGUUCCAAUUGACGCCGGAGACUAUCGUUAUCGACCACCGCAUCAAAACGGCAUCGCUCAACCGUACCAGGAUUCAGCGACUCUACCAUCCAGCUCCUUCCAAACUCUUGCCCCUAAUCUAGGCCGCCGCCCUCCGACUGCUUUUGGACAACAACCAAUCAUCGAAUCCUCAGCGCCGACAUCGCCGGCGCGCAGUGAAGGCAGCUCCGUAGGGAACGGAGCGGCCUUCUUCAGAACGUAUGACCGCUUGGACCCCAGCGCCAGCUCCGAUCCCGCAUCCGCUGGUUCUUCUACGGACCCCCACAUUAGACGGGGUGACGGUGUUCUUACCCCCGAUCUCGUUUUCGCAGAAAUUGGCCACGGACGAGGAACGGAUUUCGAACCGAGCACUAGUCGGGCUGCUUUGCAUGGCUCCGGUCCUAGAUACGCAUCAUCUGCGGCGUGGGCUGCCGAGAUGAAUGCGGGCCCUCACCUAACCCCGAUGCAGGAUGCACGGAGCUCCUCUUCCUCUUCCCAAGUAACCAGAGAUUACAGCGGUUCCACACAAAAUCAUGAUCGCCAAUCUGAUUUCCAUGCUGCGACAGAAUCUGGUCGAGGUUACGCGGUUCCGCCUGUGGAUUCGAGACGUAUCCGGACCUCGGCCUCCAGAUCGAACUCUAUCCAGCCCGCUGGACAGCUCCGUUCACUCAUCGUCGUGGAAGAUGCGUUGGAAUUCCAGCAAAGUGGUAGAGACAGAGUCGGUAAUGGUAGCAGUGACUCCUUUACUAUCGGACUCCAUAACUCUAACAUGACGUCGGAGAGCAGAGGCCGCAGCAUGAAGAGGACCUUCCGCAAUACUCUCAAUGCCGCAGAACAUUAUGCUAGCUCUUUCCUUUUCGGCCACGGCCACAACUCAGGAUCCAGCAGCCGAGACAUAGUCUCGCCGCGCACUUCUUCCUCUACCCGACCAUAGACGAAGGUUGUGACGUUGCACGUACCCGUCGGAGCUAUAGGGUUGGAGAGUACUAUGAUGUACUUGUCGCGUAUAAUGUCCGACUAUCUGUUGAG